GCGUCGGAAGAUAAACUCACGUGCGGCUUGGUGAGGUGAGUUUAACUCCAGGCGUUGAGAUAUUUUGAUAUUCGCGAAAUGAUUGGCUUCAACAGGCGAAAGUUCGUCGACCAAGAGGCCAUAUUUUUGACCUCACGAAAAAUUGUGUCUGAAAAUAGACUAUGGUCCUUCCCAAAUACAAAAGGGAGGAUGAACAGCAUGUUACUUAGAAUAUAUAAGGAUUCACAGAAGUUUCCUGAUGGCAGCCUUCCAGCUGUGGUUGUGGGGCAGCCACUUGCUCCAGCGAUGCCUCUACGACUGCAAGGCCUUGUGGACACCGAAGGGCAAUCUUGCGGUGAGCGCUGGCAGCGACGACGACGAAGAGUUCUUGGACGCCAUCGGCGGCAACGAGGAGGUGUCGUCCGUCAAUGUCGAGUUCUCUUCGGGCGAAGACGAGAGAGACUCGUCGGACAGCGUGAAGAGCAGGUCACACUCGUCAGACAGCGACGUGACCGACAGAGUGAAGAGCAGGUCACACUCGUCAGACAACGACGUGACCGACAGAGUGAAGAGCAGGUCACACUCGUCAGACAGAAAGACACGUACCAGAACCUCACACAAGCCACGCAUCAAGACUCGCACCAGCACCUCAUGCACCUCAUACAUCAUAACUAGUACCAGCACCUCAUGCAAGUCACACGUCAAGACACGUACCAGCACCUCAUGCACCUCACACGUCAAGACACGUAUUAACGUGAAGGUUUUAUAAACUCCUGACCAGUUUAUAUAACGUACUCCAGAAACGGUAUUCUACUGAUGCUGCACUGUGUUCCUGCUCAUGGACGGCACUUGUAUUAUUUAUUUUAUAUAAUGUCUGUACUCAAUAACAGUAUUAUUUUUACUGUCGUUUUGUGUUGAUGUGCCGAUCUCAAGAACAUCAUUUAUUUUCCAGAUGUGUUGCUAACGAACAAAAUAUGCCGAUCUGUGCUCACGAACAG